AAUUAGUAUUUCCGGACGAUGGACUGCUUACAUCGGAACAUGUUCUGGGAUUAGCUGGACAUCCGCAUGGACUGGUGGGUGCCCUGGGCGCUCUUCCGCCCCCGCCUCCCCAGCUGGACAUUCCGGGUGGCAAGAAGCAGAAUCAGCAAUCGCAACUGCCGCUCAAGGCGUCGUCCGUGGCCGGAGCCCAGCCCCUGCUGGAUGCAUACCACUAUCAGAUGGCGUAUGCGCACUGUGUGCAGCAGCAUCAGCAGCGGGAGCGGGAGAAGGAGAGGGAGCGAGAGCGGGAACGCGAGAGGGAACGGGACAGGGAGCACUUGCCCCACGCACACCAACUGCCCCACCCACAUCGAGCUGUGCUGGUGACGUCGCACCCACCUCCGCACCACCAGCCGCCCACGCUGAACUCUUCGUCGGCCUUCCGACCUUGGGGCCCCAACAACAAAGCCUUGUGGCAAGCCAUCAACGCCUCGGGCCUGUGCCUGCCCUACGCUUGCCAGGAGCCGCCCGAGCUCCAGAACCCGGAGCGGGUCGUCCGGAGUACAGACAAGAGAUACGCCGAGCGGACUUACCAGCCCAAUGUGGCGCUGGCACCGCGGAAGAGCUACAUGGCCAAGGAGCGGGAGGUGAUCGAGCGCCAGAGGCUGCGCGACAAGGGCCGGGAGCACCACCAGGUGGUGCACAUCAAGCAAGAACGAUCCCCGACACCCAGCCACGGGGUGGCCCCGGACGGAGCAGCCUCCAUGGAUGCCGCAGAGCCAUCGCACACCUCCUCGAGUGGCAGCAACUCACCGCUGCCCGCCCACCUGCCUCCACCACCCCCUGCUGCCGCGACCGCCGCUGGGGCACCACCCGCCACGGUGGCCCCCACUAGCCUGAGGAACAUACGCAGUCCUGAGGAAUUUUCGGCGGGUGGCAGCAAUGAGAUUACCUCCUCCACCUCACCACAUCACCAGCAGCGGGAGCAGCAGACGGGACCGGCCACUGCUGCGCCACCACCACCCGCCUCCCUGCCACACCAACACGUCAUUGCCACCGUCAACCAGCAUGCCAAACUUUUGCCCAGCUCCAGUUCUCCGGCGAAUGGAGGAUCGACUGCCUCCUCGCUGGCCAGCAAUCACAGCAACAACGAACCAAGCCGGAUCAGGAUCAACAAGAACCUGAUGAGUCAGCAGCCGGUGCUAUCGGCUCCGUCGCACUCUCACACCCACCACAUGCACCACUACAGCCACGGCUACUACAAGGGCCAGGGCUCCUCCCCCACCCAGUCCUCCAGUGCCGGGCUGAACCUGAGCACCCACUCUUCGAACGUGGUCAGUUCGCCCCACCCGAAGGCACUGGGAAAUGGCAGCGGCAACACCAAUGGAAACGGGCACGGAAGCCACCAGAACGGCAAGCCCCACAUGGGCAGCGAAUUCGAGCUAUCCACGGAUACGGACGACACGGAUAGCCUGAAUGGUGAGGCCGACUCCAGUGCCAUGCUGCCACCUUGGGAGCAGGCGGUGGAGUCCUUGAGGGAGACGCGUCCUCGAGACCGGGAGAGGGUUCUGAACUUGCUGCAGCGUCUGCUCCAGGAGAACAACCAGUACCGCUACAACAACAUCCAGCUGAGCGAGUUGCUCCACAAAAAGGAUGCCCAAAUCGCGGAUCUGUCGGAGCAGCUGCAGCGAUAUCGCCGCAUGGUGGACAACGAUUGCAAGGUGGACCUCCGGAAGAUGAAGCAGACCCAGCUGGAGGCGGAGGAGGAGGUAGAGGAGGGUCGGGGAGAGGACGAGGAGGAAGACUUGGAAGAAAUGGAGGAAAUGGAGGAUCGGGCCAAUAACAAUAACCAGCAGGAGCAGUCGCCCUUGGCGAAGCCUGCUCGAAGAAGUGCCACUCCGCUAAACUGUUGCUUGGAAAAGCCGGAGAACGAAGAACCGGAAACCAAGAGGAUAAAGUUGCUGGAAGAAUCGCAGGAACGAGAAGUCGAGCAGGACGGCAACAGUUCGGAGCUCCAGGAGCACCAGAAGAAUGAAGAAAAGCACCUCCCCCUGAAAAGCCCCCACUCCAGCGAAGAGGAGAUGGACGACGACGAGGACGAUGACCCAGAGGAUGAGGAGGAGGAGGACGAAGACGAUGAUACUGAGGGGCAGAUUCAGGCGCCACACAGCAGCGCCCUGGCCACUCCGCCCACGGCCACCACGCCCAUUUCGCCAGACUCGGCGGCAACUGCUGGGCAGUUGUUCGACAGCAGCAACAGCAGCGAUGAGUCUUCGAUGAAAAAGGCCCAGAUGUCCGCCUGCCAUGCACUGGAAAAAAUCACCAGCAACCGGGAGAGCGAGGAAAAAGAUGCCGACGAGAGCCAGGAAGCGACCGAGCCCGAGGGAAUGGCCAAGACAGAGCGUGAGGCGGAUCCUGAUGACUCCGACUCCGAAAGCGAUGACGAUGAGGUGCCGUUGCAGCAGCGACAGCAGCAGCAGCGUCAACGGUGCUCCGCUGCAGUGGUGCCACCGCCCCAAAAUCUCCCUCUACCGCCGCCACCUCACCCACAUCCACCCAUGGCCACCAAGGCCAGCAAGAAGCAAACACCACCAGAACCGCCCUCAACAGCCUCCACAGCCGCGACAACGAACUGCGAGUUACCAAUCAAAAAAGAAAUAGCAUAAAGGUGUUCUGGAACGAAUGCAAGAAACCCCUCAGACAAAACCCCAACAACCUCUCAAAGAACAGCUCUUUCACCCAAGAAACCCAUAGUUUUGUUAAAUUUACAUUUUUUAAAGGAAAGUGCAGCCCAAAUUCAAGCACAAAGCCUAAGCGCACAUCUUACCUAUUUAAGGGUAUUACAAACUUUGGCCAGAAAUGAAAAAUAUUUAAGAUGGAUCUUAUAUUAAAACCUACCUUAAUCUAAAAUCAAUCUUGAAAAAAAGGGAAAAUGUUAGGCUAAAAUGUCUAACACUUCCCAAAUCACUUUAAAUUUUUUACAAAAAUUCUUUUAAACGCUUUCAAAUAGCUUGAAUUGAUCUCACUUAUAAAGAAAAAAACAAACAAAAACCCAAAAAAGCUUAAUUUAGGCUUCCUUCUUGAAAAAAAACAACAAAAUAAAUAUUUGAAAACCUUUCAGAUUGCUUGCAGAAUUAUAGAUGAAACCAAAGCUUUAAAAAAAUCAUAUUAAUUUUGUUGUACAUUGUUCUAUGACCAAUUUGUGCGUGUGUUUUUACCAUUUACUGCUAAACCUAAUUAAGUUACUUUUAAAUAAAAAAUUUAUAAGCUCUGCAAGACACUUAAACCGGGAAAGUUUAUAGAGAAAGCGAGGCUUUGAAAACAAAAUUUAGAAAAAGGUUUCUCUUUGGUCAGACAGGCAGCUGGUGAAGAGGCGAGGUCCCCUUCCUCCGGAAACCAUUGUAAUUAAAAUUUAGUUUAAUCCUAAUCUUAAGUUGAACAGACAAACCGAGAGAGCCGAGAGAGAAAGGAAAUUCACACAAAAUGAACCCACCACAAUAUAAAAAGAAUUAAACAAAUGCUAAAAAAUUCUAAAGUAAUUCUUAUUAAACGGAAAAAACAAAACAAAUAUUUCAUAGUUAAGCAGUUGCCGCGUUAAAUUUAUAAAAUAUACAAAACAUAUAUGAAUAUGCGUAAUGUUCUACGAUAUAUAGGAUACAUAGAUGGAGGGGCCGGAAAGCGUAGGCCUAUUAAUGCCAAGCCUCUGCGAGCAGCAUAAUCAUAUACAACAUAAACCUAAACAUAUACGCAUACAUAACGAUUAAUAUUUAUUGUAGCUGCUAGUUCUAAUUCAAGUAAUAAUUUCUCUUGUAUAAUUACAGUCUUCUGUUUUAUUUCACUCCUUGUAAGCUUUGCUCUGUAGGCAUUUAGUUUCGUACUCGUAGAUUGUAGAUUAAUAAUCACAUUUUGCUAACUAAUUUAUAGGACUUCUAUUUAGCUUAGUUCUUUAUCUAUUGUGUCCGCACUGUGAACGGCAUUGAAUGGUCCAAGCUAAAUUCUUUCUGUGUAUAUAUAUAAUUUUCCUUUUGAAGAGACUAGAGUAGGAUGGAUUUUUGAGUUGCCAACACCUUGUGAAAACCCUACCAUAUAUAAUUGUACUAUAUAUGAUAGAUAUCUUCUGGAUGAUAACCCCCAACUGUGGAAACAAACCCAAGCCAAGAGCCAAGCGAAAAGAGCGCAGAGAUUUCUAAAAUCUAUAAAAUUUUGUUAUAAAACCAACAUAUUUCAUAAAUUAUUUAUGCCUGUGUGUGUUUGUA